AUGGAUGUAACUGGUUCAGCAAUGCCUCUAGCAGCCUGGUUCAGCCUGCUGCUUCUCUGUCUUUGUAUUGGUACUACCAGGACCUGCUCCCCAGGAUGCCACUGUGAAGUGGAGAGUUUUGGUCUCUUUGACAGCUUUAGCCUGACCAAGGUGGAUUGCAGUGGAAUAGGGUCACACAUUGUUCCUGUCCCUAUCCCGCUGGAUACUUCCUAUUUGGAUCUGUCCUCAAACAAACUGGAAACCAUCAACGAGUCAGUGCUGACCGGCCCUGGUUAUACCACCUUGGUGAGCCUUGACCUGAGCUAUAAUAAAAUUGCUAAGAUCUCUUCCACGACCUUCUCUAGGCUCAGGUAUCUGGAAUCCUUGGAUCUGAGUCAUAACUCUUUGGCAGUCCUUCCAGAUGAAUGCUUCCCCAGUUCACCCCUGGGGGACAUAGAUUUGAGCAACAACCACCUCCUGGAUAUAACGUUAGAUGUCUUUGCUUCCAAAGGUCAAGGGAAACCCAUUAACGUGGAUCUGUCCAACAACAUGAUAAGCGCAGUCACAAGACACAAUGACAAAAACAUCCCCAACAUCCAGAGCUUAAAUCUGUCUGGAAACAGACUGAAGACUGUGCCCAACCUCCAAGGGAUUCCCCUGCGAUACGUAAAUCUCGAUGGGAACCCUCUGGCCAAGAUUGAGAAAGGAGCUUUCAUGGGACUGAAGGAUUUAAUUCAUUUAUCUCUCAGCAGCUUACGUGGCUUUAGAGAGAUCUCUCCUUACAGCUUCAAAGAACUAUCCAACCUCCAGGUACUCGAUUUAUCCAGCAACCCCAACCUUAAGUUGUUGAGUGCCGAAGUAGUCUUUGGUCUAAGCUCCUUGCAAGAGCUCAACCUGUCCAGUACAAGUGUUUCCUUCUUGCCAAAGACUGUGCUGAAAUACUUACCUACCAUCAAAAGCAUUACCUUGGGGAAGAAUGUACAGUGUCUUAAGGUGAUCAAGGAAGGACAGUAUCACCAACAAAUUGGGCUGACCAAAAAAGAGGUCCUCAGUUGUCAUGACAGCCAUGGGUCCGUAGCAGCAGCACCCUAUGUCUCGUGA